ACACACGCUUGUGCAUCCAUGCGCUUGUGUGUGCGCGUGCGUGCGUAUGUAUGAAAGCGUAGGGUACCGUGGAAGCCGCACUAGAAGAAGACCGGUGGCAAGUGCAGUUGCGCUUGUGGGUUUGCAAGCGCGCCGUCUCGCGCUUAGCAUACAGUUUCUUUUUGUCUAAUUGUUUUUUGACUUAGCUUAACAACGUUACUGAACAAUUUCACGAUGGCCCUCGAAGAUCAAUCAUCGGCGGAGCUUUCCAAAGGGUUGCGCCUGCUGAAACACACGUGCCUGCUGGCAGACACCUUGUUGAGCAGCUUGAUUGACCUUGUUCCCAGUUGGAUCUCCAGUUAUAUCCGAUGGUGCCCCACUUCAUCUGAGCACCUUGAAGAGGCUGAGCGAAAGCUGCUGUCCUAUGUGAAGCUUCCUGUUCGGUCUUCAUUUGUGACCAUAGACUCAAUCCUGGGCUGCAAGGGCAGCCACCAGGUCCGCACCCUUCAGCUAGGUCCCAGUACGAAAGUAGCUGCAGAGGAAGAACGGGUUCCACUCGUGCUGGUGCAUGGCUUUGCUUCGGGAGUGGCUCUCUGGCUGCUGAACCUGGAUUACCUAGCCCAGGACCGCACAACGUACUGCUUUGAUCUGCUGGGCUUUGGCCGCAGUUCACGGCCACGCCUCUCGAGGGACCCUCUGGAAGCUGAAUACCAGUUUGUGCAGAGUAUCGAAGAGUGGCGAGCACAGGUUGGUCUUGAUCGCUUUGUAUUGCUGGGACACAGCAUGGGUGGCUUCCUGGCUGCCUCGUAUGCAUUGCGCUUUCCUGAGCGUGUGGCCCACCUUGUACUUGCUGACCCAUGGGGUUUCCCUGAGCGCAACACCCCUCGUCCAGCACUGCAGCUGCCAAGUUGGGUCCGUGUGGUCUCCACCUUGCUCAGCCCCUUCAACCCUUUGGCAGCUGUGCGGAUUGCAGGGCCUUGGGGUCCUCGACUAGUAGAAAAGAUCAGGCCAGAUAUUGGAAAGAAGUACGGACAUGUGGUGGAUGAUAAUCGGACAGUUCCACAGUACAUUUACCACUGCAAUGCUCAAACACCUAGUGGAGAAUCGGCCUUCAAGGCUAUGAUGACGCAGUAUGGCUGGGCUCGAUACCCUAUGAUUAGCCGCAUUGGAGAGCUCCAUCAAGGUGUGCCUAUGACAUUCAUCUAUGGCUCAAGAUCUUGGGUUGACAAACAGCCUGGUAUUCGUGUUCAGCGACUUAGGCAAGAGAGUGAAGUGGAUGUUGAGAUCAUUGAUGGUGCUGGCCAUCACAUCUUUGCUGACAAACCUGAUCAAUUCAAUGAAAUUGUGUCGAAGAUCUGUCGUGGAGCAGAUGCAGCUGAGAAGACAAAUCGUGCCUUGGCUGAGGAGAAGGAGAGAGAAGAGCGGGAGCAGAGAAAAAUGAUACAUCGGCUUGCUCUGUGAAAGGCUUGCUAUAAGAUGCUAGUAUGCUUCAUUUUGGUUUAAAACCACAGCACCUUCAUUGGCCUGUGUUUAAUAUUAUUGCAAUCAGCAUUCACUUGAGCGAGGAAUUAAAUGCCAAAUGCGGCAGAUCGUAGUUGCAAACACUUUUCUACAUUCUAGUGUAGCAAACCUAGACUUAUACCACCACUUCAAUAUUUUAUUGUUUCCUUGUGCAAAAAUUGCUCACAGUCUUACUGUGCAUGAUCGGAGGCGCAUAAAAGAAUGGUCAGAAGAUGGGCAUGUGUACGUGUCUCGGCUAGGAAGUUUCUGCUAAAGGAUGAUUGUAACUGUGGGUGUUAAAUGGCCAUGCGCAAAAUCAAGUUCGCACUCAGAUGACAAUUUUUUUAUCGCAUAGUAUGAAAGUCACUGCUUGGCCUACAUUGAAGUCUGAACUAUUUAGUUCUAAAUAUGAAGCUUUUGAAAAUGGCUAUGCUUGAGAGAUAGAUAGAUUGUAUUUUCGUAAACGGCCUUAACAGUCGUGUGCGGUGCGUGUGUAUUUUGGCCCUUUUCUGGAACUUGCUUGGGAACUUCAAGCACCUUCUCCUUCGGGUCACUGUUGUGCACUUGUAUCUUUUCCUUCCAUUGUUCACCACGUUGCUGCUACGAGUGUUCUGUCAUGAAGUUAAUCUGCGAUUAUGAAUGUGUGGUUGAUCUGGAGAACCAACUUGAGUAAUCCGAGUUUGGUCUAAAUCUGCCAUUUGGAAUGCAAAAUAAUGUUGGCAUAUUUUGGAAACAGUACAGCUUACACUGAGUCUGCUUCUCUGCGAUUAAAAAAGUGUCAAGAUCAUUUCACAUAUACUAACUGCUCUUACUGUUGAAGUGAGCCUCAUAGUGUCAUAAAGUGCAGCCAGCAUUCCAAAGCGACGUUUUGCAUUAAUGUUUACUGAGAAUGCUAAAACAACGCAAGGUUAUCGGAAGUGAAAGUGACAUGAUUCUAUCUUGAACUUCUGGCUUUAAUCCAUGCCUUCAUACAGUCAUUUGUGUGAAGGUGCAGACCAGUGUGCAGUAAGUGCUAAACUUGGUUCCACUUCACAUUGACAUAUAGAAAGUGGAUUCUGUGGUGAAGCAAAAAUGCCUGAUCGAGAUCAACCAAUGGACAUUACUGUUUGUCAUCUGCUUUUAUGACGCUAUGAUUUGCAGUCCUUAAGGCUAACUGAGGCUGUUAGGGGUUGUGCACACCACCACCCAAUGUCAUUCACCUGCUAGAGUUUAACAAAAUGCUAAUAUUUUGUCAUAGAUUUUUCUUCUCAACUCUAACACAGUCAGCCUCUGUAGCAGAGGUUGUGGUGACUGAAUUAGGUUAAAUAAAAUUACUUGAAUUAAAACAAAUCGUGUACUUCAAGGAGCAGACUUAUUUUUGCCUGUAUAUGGUGACUAGCCCCAUGACUUCUUUUUAUAGCCAUUCUUAUGAUGCAUAGAAAUUUUUGGGUAACGUGAAAACAUCACAUAAAGAUCACUUCAUUGGUCAGGUAAAACAUUGAUGUAGAGUCUACACAAAACGGAUUAUUUUUUAUGCUCAAUUGAAAUUUUUGCUAUGGGUGGCUGAGGAUUAUGAACAAAUUUUUUGUUAAUAGUCUUUUGUUAUUGUUUUUGCGAUUUUACUGUUUUCGCUUAGAGAGCUGGUCUCUGUUUGUGGGAAUUCCUCAAGCCGCCUAAUCAUGUUCCUCUUGAAGGAGAUGCACUGUUUCUUCAGAAAAGUGACCCCAUGCAAGCUAUGUAAGCCAUAUUUGUGUCAUGUUAGUACACUUCUCAGCCAAAUAUUUUUGAAUUGUUAGAUACUUCAAAUCCUAAAACUAACGCUUGAAGAGAACUAAGCCUAAAAGGUCGGAAACCCCCGACUUGCCGAGUAAGUUACAGCAUAAAAAAUUUUCCUGUGAUAUAUUGAGUUGAAUAGGAAAUUCAGUUUAGUGAAGUCCGGUAAAAUGUAAGCUUGUGCCCAGUGAAGUGCGCAAAUUCUGCUGAUGUAUUGUUAUACAGAGCGGACGUUAGCAAAAGACCAGUUGCGGCAUUCAUAUUAAUUUGACUGCUGGUUCAUAUAUCCCUUGUCUCACCAAAGUUUUGCGAGUGGGGAAGGCUGCAGUGAUUUCUCUAUGCAGUGUCAUAAGUGGGUUUGUGCGGCUCAAUUGAACAAGUUUAAAAGAUAAAAUCUAAGUUGAUGUACUUUAGUCAUUAAAUAGAAACUAGCCUUCUGGCACUGUAUGUACACUUGUAUGUGCCAACGUAACGCCUCAGAAUCCCAAGCACUGUAAGGGCACACUAACGGCAUAUAUUUAGUCGACAUGGACAGAAACCUUGCAGUGCUUGUCUUGUGCCAGCUUAGUUCUUUUGUUCCACAGAAACUCGCAAUUAAGGGGCUACAUUCCUCUAGCACUGUGCAAAUCGCUCGCCACAAGUGAGGCGACGUGAAACUGCAUGCGUCAUCACUGCCCUUUACUGCUGUCAACGGGUAAAAUGGUGCCCGAGAGCUGGCACUAUGGCUUUUUGCAUAAAACACAGAAGCACGGCCAGAAACCGCCCAGAAACAUGACAUGGACAUGGAAUUUUCUGCUAUUUGCAGUUAGUAUGAGCUUCGUGAGCCAGCAAAACCAGCAGAGCACAAUGUGAUACUGAAAAUACCAAAAUCUGAAAGUUCAGGCAGUGCAGAGUUGAGCAAAAAUGACACCUUUAUAAUAGCUGCAUCAUUUUCAAGGGUAACGUAAAUGAGUUCUUUUUUCUAAGAAUUAAAUAGAAGUAAACAAGUAGUAAUUUCUUCUGUAUGAUAUGCAAUGAUUUUUUUUAUUAUCAAUGUUUGAGCCCUAGUGACACAAUUAUAAUGAGGCAUUAUGACAUCAUUGGCCUGUUAAACGUCGAUAUAACAAAGUAUUUAACUUUUCGUAACCUCUUGUCCAUAGAAUCUAUGUAUUUAGAACCUCAAUGUAAUGAAGUAUGUAUGCAAUUUCAGUAUAACGAAAUUUCACUGCCGCCGCAAAGGAAUGCCGAGACAAGAAAUAGAAACUUCCGCAGAUGCAGAUGGUCAAAUCCUUGGUUUACAAGCGGCUACUUGCAAACGCACAAAUCGUGCGCCACGUGACACGAGUGGCUGCCGAAGUGGAGCCCCAUAAUGCUCUGUACAAAGUCCAUGUGCGAUAAAAUUCUGUCGCACCCCACGCUCUGUUUGCUUUUGGUGCGAGUGAAAGUGUGCGAAGGUGGGACCAGAAAGAUAGUGGCUUCAGGAGUGUCGCCUUCCCGCGCGAGCAAACGUAAAAAAAGGGGAGGGGAGCGAGUUGGCGGUAACUCGAUCAAGGGUGCGUAAGGGGCAGCGUAAGUUGGCGCGUGCUUCAAUUUCUGCCGCGCGCCUUGGCAGUGGCUGCGCAUGGCUGUAAGCAUGGCUGAGCACAUACGCAGCCGCGCACUCUGCUUUAGAGGUAAUCAGCGUGUGCAAAGAGUGGGCGUGCCGAGAUGGCAUGACAUCGUGUAAGCGGUCUUCACACGCGUUUAGUAUUAGUGGCUGCGUAAUCUCGAGUUUUGGUCACCUGUUGGUGCGAGAGGCAGACGAACUUUCGCUCCCCCCUACCGGUGCUUUUCACAAUACAGUGAAGCCUCGUUAAAACGUAGUUGGCCGGAGCUCGGAAAAAGUACGUACUAAACGGUAGUACUGUUUACCCGAAAUAGCAUCAGCUCGCCCACUUACCUGUCGAAAACGGAACUCAGAGAGAGUGCGCUGAAAGGGGAAAAAAACAUGCAGUAUUAAUUCACUUCGCGCAACAAAAGUGUUAUUUUCGUUUGAUGCCACAGCGGCCUAGCACGACGACAGCGGCCUCAAACUUACUGAAGCUGUGUGCCAGCUUUUCAGCCAGCUCCCUCUUCUUGGCAAACACUCGCAUGGCAGAUUCCUCGUUGGCAUUACGUAUUCUCCGUGCACGUGCGCAGUAGUGCUGCAGAAGUCCCAGGGCACCUUUUUCAUUGCCGGGUGCCGGAGUUCAGAAUACUUUUCGUUUGGAAUAGUUACAUUAUCACGCCCGUUCUCGUCGCAAUGAUUGCAUUCAUGAGACUGAUGUAAUGCGCAGCUUCUGUUACUGUCGGGCCUGAAUUACCUGUGCUGUCACUUUUCGUGUCGUCCUCAUCACUGUCGCUAGUUGACACUUUGGCAACAACAGAGGCAACGAUGGCGAAAAGUCGAACCUCAUAGCCGACAUCUCUUUGCAGUCGCAGCAGCGCUGUCGAGCAACUUCGCAUAUCAAAUGCCGCACACUGUAGUCAACAGCAGAUCCCUGUUGCAUGCCAGUGCCGACUUCAUGUCACGUUCGAUAGCACGGACGAUGUCUAAUUUUUCUUCUAUGCUGAGCACCCGGCGUCUUUUUUAUCUGAGCUUUGGCAUGGCACUAGUCCUCGCUUGCACGACGCCACAUCGCUCUCUGGCACGGAGUCGAAAUGAUGUUGAUGUUGAUGUGGCUUCAUGCGCAAACGCACAGGGCGCUUGGAGGCCGUUGCUUCGAUCUCUGAGGCUUGUUGUUCUGCCGGGCCGCCGUUGGAGACAACGCACCGCCGUGUUUGCGCGACGAAAAGUGGAAACGCUACAUUUUAACCGAUGCGUACGCAAUAAGCUGGUACUGUUUAUGCGGAUACAAAACACAUUAUGUUCAAUGGCUGUUGAGUCGGGGAUUUGACUUUACUACAUUUAAAACGAAACUACUGUUUGAGCGGGUACGGUUUAACGAGGUUUUACUGUAGCAUCAUACCAGUGGGUGACGCUAUCAGCCACGGUGGUGGAGUGCACAUGAAAACGUGGCUGGCUUUGCUUAAUUCGUACCGCCAAUGUGAAGAUAUCAUAGAAGUGGUAUGAAACCAUAUCAUUUGUCGCAGACUCCCAAAUUCAUCAAAAUGAAUUGUUUUCUCAUUCAAAUUAGCUUUUUUCGAUUGCCCGAUAAUUCGAAUAACUCUGCGGCCCCUUUCUGUUGAAGAAAAAUCGUUUGGUGACUACUUAUUUCCAUAAAAGGUGGAAUUUCAGUCCAAUGAAAUUUUGAUAUAAUGAAGCAAAUUGCCGAUUUUACCAACUUUGUUAUACUGUGGUUUAACUGUACUAGUAUCUCCUAGUAGAGUCUCGAUUCGUGUUCACCAUCUACGUCAAUUUAUCGUUUACUAAAGCUCUGUUCCCGAUAAUGUUUGAUCAAGCAGUAUUGUGUCACUUUAGCUUGACUUAAUAUUUGCCUUUGGUGUCCUUAAGGAAAAUGAUGACGUGUGAAGCACGUUGUAUGUAUCCUAAGACCUAUGAUGGCGAGCAGACCCUGGCAGUGAGCAUGCGAUAAGAAGAGGUUGAGUGUUAUCGCGGUUGUAGUUUCGUUCUUUCCUCCAGUUCCCGUGUUCCCUGGCAAAAGAUGGCUGCCCACACCUAGAAGCACUGUAAAUUAGGGUUUAAUGAAAGGAGUUCAUCUCCGCCGUGAUGUCAUGGAGAUAAGCAAACAUAAUUUUCUGGCAUCUCUAUACAAAUUUUCGUUGAGUUGGACAGUGAUUUUAGUGUUGUCGUUUACUAUAGUGUUCCCACCCACCCCCACUUGAAGCUUAUCAUCUUGUUACACUGGAACAUAAGGGCUUGUUUGAUGGUCUACUGGUGGAUAUUUUGUGAGGCGAAGUGUGUUGCAGUUCGGGUUAUAGAGCGACAUCAAUGCUGCUUUCAGUUUUGCAGGUGAACCUAUUGUACGCAUGUACUUGGGCGACUGUUAGCUUUUCACUCGGCUGACCUGUCUCAGUGUUGAUGACAUCCUACGCGCACUGCAGUUAAUUUGGUAUAGCUUCUUUCAAGGUUGAUAUGUAGGAGCGCAUAAGAAAUUUAUUCAUUCCAUUUUGUUGUUAUAGGGGAAAAGGCUUGGGUAUUCAAGUCUUCCUUUAGCACAAAAGCAGAUGCCCUAAAAUGGCCGUGCUGAAAUUAUGACAGUAGGUGCAUCUAUGCAGAAAAUGUCUGUUUUUAAACAACUGUUAUUGAUGUUCUUUUAAUGCUAUCUUCUAGCAUCUUCUGUCACUGGGUUGAUACGAUACUGGUACCACAAUGAGUUGUUUUCAGACAUGACUCACUCAGCGAACUUUGCCCUUUUAGAUGUGCCCUAUGUAGUGGUAUGACUAUAGAAAGACUACUACAAGACGGAAGGCAAGUAGGUUGUGCGAGGUUUGGGCAUUAUAAGGUUUGAUGUGUUCCUUAUUGAAAAUGGCAUGAGAUGUACGGGUUACUGUCUUGUAUUUUUUUUCCCACCUUGUUUUCAAUCCCUGUUACGUUUUGUUAAAUUAAAGUGCUUGUAAUACUUCUAUAAAUCUUGUGUGGACCUUUCACAGUUUCUUCGUUAAGUGUAUUGUGCUUGUUUGGAUGCUCAGCUCCUUGCUAUAGUAUAAAGUAUAUCGUAAUGGGGAAGCCUUAUAAACUGUUCUUCUUUGUUGCUACGCUUGUAAGACUUGAACGCAAAAGGUUUUGUCAAGAAGAGGGGGUGUUACAUUUUAAGUUGGGACUACUUCUGUUUGCACAUACUCUAAAUAGAGAGCAAAUGUUUCUUGUUAUUAGUGUGAUCUCCAUCUUUUAGUCACUAAAAGUGUGGAAAUAUAGGAAAUAAGCUUCAUAUUAAAUUUUAGAAGGACUUGCAAUGUACCAACAGUUCUAUAUGCACGUAUUGAAGCGUAAAAAAAAAAAGUUGUGAAGAAAAGUGAUAUUGUUGUAGUUUUUCUGCGAUUGCAAGGAUAAAAAAUAUACAGCAUUGGAGGGGAGCUGUGUUCUGUCCCUCGUGCACUGUACAGGCUACAACUGCACAGACCCUAUCGCAUCGUAAAAAGUAGCAUGGAUUUAGGGCUGCCAGUUCAACAGGGCAGACUAUGCCUCCUUCAUAGCUAAAAAGCCCUCCACCCCUCCCCCCUUCUUUUUUACUUCCUUGAAGUAUUAGUUGUAAGCUUCCUUUCUUUUACCUCUGAAGUUACCUUUUCUAAGAAAAUGUCAUGUGUAAUGUCGUCACAAAAGUAAAGAGUACCAGGCAAGUAAUGCUUGGAGUCAUGGUUAUAUUUUCAAAGGGACACUAAAAGAAAAUAGCAAGUCAAGCUAGAUUGAAAGAUUAGGCUUUUAUAAUAACGAAUUCGUCCUUUGUAAUGAAAACAGCUUUUGUAAGGGAGAAAAUUACAAAAAUAAAAAAACAGAGUAAUGCCGCCUAUUGUGGACUAUGGUACCUCUCACAUGCGAUGUCAGCACUGGCUGAUUCACAUUGUGUGGCUGCUAUGUUCCACCGUAUACUGUAUAACCUCUUUGGUCCCACCACUGUGAGCUGCAUCACUUUAAUUUUUUACUGCUCCCAAGGCACCAGUGCCACCUAGCCCGCUCCGUGGCCACUAAGCACAGCCUCAGAGCAUGGGUAGCUUCAGCGACUUGUGCAAGUAAAACACCGGAGUUUCUAAAAGACAUCAUAGAGGGAGGUCAUGUGGAAAUUACGUCAACUCGUUCGUCUUGGCAUGAGCAAUUCAAAUUCAGAAGCAGCGGCGACAUUGGCAGACAUUGUCAGCUCCUCAGGUUGAAAAAUGUGUGUGCGCAAGUCCAGUAUUUGCGGAUCUUCUGGAUCGCCAGUCAGCCUCUAGAGUCUGUGAAGGAGUACAUUUACCUAGGUCAAUUACUUGUAGGGGACCCUGAUCAUGAGAAGGAAAUUUACAGAAGAAUAAAAAUGGGUUGGAGUGCAUACGGCAGACAUUGCCAGAUCCUGACUGGAAGCUUACCAUUAUCUUUGAAAAGGAAGAUGUACAAUCGGUGCAUUUUACCGGUGCUGACAUAUGGGGCAAAAACUUAGAGACAAAGAAGUUAGAGGAACAAGUUAAGGACUGCGCAAAGAGCGAUGGAACGAAGAAUGCUAGGCAUAACAUUAAGAGACAGAAAUGGAGUGGCUUGGAUCGGAGAGCAAAUGGCUAUAUAGCCAAUAUUCUGACAUUAAGAUAAAAAAAAAGAACUGGGCAGGUCUUGUAAUGGGUAGGUUAGAUAAACAGUGGACUAUUAGGGUUGCAGAAUCUGUACCAAGAGGAGGGAGGUGCAGUCAAGGAUAGCGAAGUGUAGGUGGGGCAAUGAAAUUAGGAAAUUUGUGGGCGCUAGUUGGGAUCAGUUGGCGCAGGGCAACUGGAGGUCGCAGGGAGAGGCCUUCGUCCUGCAGUGGACAUAAAAUAGGCUGCUGCUGCUGCUGCUGCUGCUGCUGAUGAUGAUGAUAGAUAGUCAUGCACACCCGAAAGAAAUUGAUGUGUAUCGGAGUACUGUGAACAAAACAAAAAGUGCGGGUGGAGCGAGUUUAAGAGUUUCUGGUCAAUAAAUGUUAAACACUGCAUUUAUGAUUGUAAAAUUAGAGCAAUCAAAUUCUGCUAGGUAAAGUUAGUUAUUUCUACACUCAAUAUUUUUGUGAAAGUGUGUCAUAUUGCUGUGUAGUUGUGGUAUGUAGUCUCGUAGUGAUAUUUUAAUUUUAGAUGUUUUGUUUUCUCUUAUAUUUGUAUAGUUUUUUCCUUGUACUAGUUACCUUUAGAAAGCCACUACAAUUCUUUGUAGUAAAAUUUGUGCUUGUUAUCAUAAACUCUCAGUGCGUGCUCUCAUAUGGGUCUUGACUGUGCCAAGCAUGUCUCGGCAAGGCCCUGUGAAGUGCACGUAACUAAAUGGUUCUGCUGAUAAUCAUAGCGUCUGCACUUUCAAGGUCAUUCUUCACAGCCUAGCAGACUUCUUGUUGCCCAUCUCUAUUACAUUUAAACCUUAAUGGGAUGAAACAAUUUUGUUCCUUCCAAAUUAAGUCUUGGUGUCCACCAAAGAGCCACAAAGCUGUUUGAUCUCUUUGCGUAGGGGACAUUUGAUUGGGCAGAAUAAUGCAUUGCUGCCUUGAAUUUCGUUUGGUUGAGCUAUGAGUGACGCAACAGUUAUAGCUGUUUGUGUGGUGUGAAAAUGUUGAAAAUAAAAUUUAAGUGUGCAUGUCAGUUUAGUGGUGCACAAACAACUUGUUUUAGUAAAUUGAUGUUUAAUUUUCUCUUUGUCUAGUUUGGCAUGAGCCUUGGUGGAAUAGCUUAAGAGUCGUGUGAAUAACAGAAAGCAACGCUGGCAUUUUUGCAGCAAAAGAUGAAUUUUGGCCCAGUUGUUCACAUAUUGGAUUGUGUGAACAGGUGGAGUAGAAAUCUGCUCUGUCCACUGCUUGUGAUAGUGUCCUGUCUGUUGUGCUUUAUCACUGUUCCAAUUUUUACAAGUAGCUAGGAAUCAAGGGGCACCAAACUACAGGUAGUUGUCCGUAUGUAUAGAAAUAGGGUUUUGCUUUGAACUAGUGACAGUGCUUUAUUGUCAUUGUGGUGCUGUGCUGAAUUAUCACAAAUACUUGGAAGGGACCUGACUUCCUCAUUCUUAUCAUUCAUUGAAGUGAUAAUUGUCUACAAGGUUUGUAAUUCUAAUAUAAAUGUUAAAGUUUACGUAGCAUGGCAUCGGGCACCUUUGUAUGUUUUGCAUGCCUGUGUGUACAGAAGUGCAAGAAAGCUGAAAAGAGAGUAAUAGGCUUGUAUUAAGGUGCAUUUCCACUGAUUAUUUAGUUAUCUUAGUCCAAAACAUCAGUUGAAAAACUGGUAGGUUAAUUAAUUACACAGACCUACGUUGCAAGGAAACAGUGAGACAGGGGUACGUGCAGUCCUAUAGAACUGGGACCAUAAAUCGUUUACCAUAUUUACAAGGUAGAUGCACUGUGUGUAGGUCUGCUGUACAUAUUUCAGUCAGUUGUAUAUCGGGCAGUAAGACCACUGUUUGUAUGUAUAUAGGAAUUAUAUAUUCUUUUCUGGUGCUAAGUUUGUUAUCUUUGUGGAUAUCUUGUAUCGAAAACUGAGUGGUUUUUGAAACCUUGUACUUCAUUUGGAAUGAAGAGUUUUAUUUUAAGCUGUUGUAAGGACUUCGUGGGCAUUACAUUUUCAUGUGGCAUUAUUUCUGCUGAAUUGGAGUGCCUAUCCUUGCUUGUUAUUUUAAUAAAAAUGUCAUUGUGACCUUG